ACUACUCAAGUUAUAAAUUAACACCGACUCUCCUAAGCAAUAAUGAAUGACAAUUCAAUCCUAAGACUUCAAUUUUUUCUAUCACUUCCUUUUCCUUUUCCUUCUCCUCCUCCUCCUCCUCCUCUUCCUCCCACUUCUUCUGCUACGAUAUUACUCGUAUUAAUAUUACUACUCCCUCCGUCUCUAAAAGUUCUCCCUGUUUUGACAGUGGUUGUCUCGCAAAAUUAUUAAAGACUUUAAACAAUUAUUUAAUGCUAUUUUAUACUUUAUAUUAAAUAUUUUUCCUUAUUUUGCAUCUCUCUUCCUUGGGAUUUUUUCCUUACAAUUAAUACAUUUCCUUGGUGCCUUCAAGUUCUCAUCACUUCAACUCCAUUUAAUUAAGCUUUAAAGAGAACCCUUCCUCCCAUCAAACCCAUCUUUAAUUUCUUUCUCUCUCUCUAUUGAAUUCACUUUCUAUAUAAUGUCCUUUCUACUUGAAAACUCACAUCCUCAUCCUCAACCAAAAAUAUCUCUUCUUAUUAGUAACUUACUUGCCGAUAAUAAUGUUGUUCUAGUGCCUAAAGUCGCUCCCGUCACCCUUGAUCUCUUCGAUUUCAAACAAUCUCCACCUCGGACCAAAUUUCAUCCCCCGUGCCCUGUUUUUGCACGGGGCACUCAUUUUCUUCACGACAAGAGUAAGCAAAAGAGGGGUUUAGAAGAUCAUAAAAGUGAGGAGGAGACCAUGAGCAGGAGAAAUGGUAACAACGUGCCAAAGUUGGACUUAAAGUUAAAUUUAUCACCACCAAAUUCAAGAAUGAUUGUAAACCCGAACCUGAACCUGAACCCGAGGAUGGAAUCACCAAGCCGAUCAGCAUCGGUGUCACCACCGAGCUCGUGUGUAUCUUCGGACGUAUCGAUGAGCAGCCCGGAAGCCACCUCUAUGGUAUUAGUCGGGUGUCCAAGAUGUCUAAUGUAUGUCAUGCUAUCGGAGGAUGAUCCCAAGUGCCCUAAAUGUAAGAGCACCGUCUUGCUCGAUUUCGUGCAUGACAAUAACAAUAACAAUAACAACAGCGACGACAACAACGACAACAACAAUAAGAGUGGAAAUAGUGGAAGCUCUAAGAAGACUAAGAAGGGUUAAACUCGAAAAAAAUUAAUGUAAACUCUGUUUUAGUAGCUCUGUUUUUAGCAUUUGGAAGUCUAAUUAAGGUUGUUAACUAAUUUUCUUUAUUUUUUUAACCUUUUUAAGUUUUAGAUGUAGGAUUCUUCGUGUUUGUGUCUUAUUUUAGCCAUGCAUCAUGUAAAAAAAUGAGAAAAAAAAAAUGGGUUAUUGGAUUUGUACUAAAUUAUUUGGUACGUAUAUCAGCAACCUCUAAUUAAUUAUAUAUUUAGGUUAUGAUUUGUGACA